AUGAACGGAAACUCUCCAGAUCCAGGCGACAGCCAGCACCAUACGCAAAACCAAGCUCAGAUCGCCCCUCAGACCCCAAAUCACACCUCAACACCAAAUUCGGUUCAGGACCAGCUACACGCGCAAGACGAACAUCUCAACGCCCAAGCGGCAGUCCUGCUCAACGGAUUCCUCGCAAAGACCCGCCGCUUGAUCUCAUCUGAGCUCGGAAAGGACACGGACUGCACCAUCUGUUCAGAGCCCUUCCUUCGCGGCGACAACCCCGAAGUGCCCGUGAGGCUCGACUGCGGCCACACCUUCGGCAUGGGCUGCAUCCUGAAAUGGCUGUCCCCCGUAUCGCGCGACGGCAACAACAGUUGUCCCAAUUGCCGGAAGCCGAUCUUCGACGACUGGGAUCCGAUGGACUUUCCCGUGGCCCGGGAGACGGCACCGGUUGGGAGGAGGAGAGUCACGGCUGCGCCUGUCAGAAUUUCCGCAGAUGACCCGUCUGUCGGCAGAGACGAACGACGCGGACCAUCUCGACUACCAGCGUGGCUUCAGCCCGAGAACUUACCGUCAUGGCUUCGGCUUCCGGACGACUUUCCGACUGGGGGUGUAGAUCCGACAGCCGUCGCCGCCGAACCGGUUGAUGCUACGGCAAGCACGAGCCCAGUCGCCCCAAUUCCGGGGUCUGUGGCUCCAAAUGCACCUCUACCUUCUACAGUGGUCGCCACUGAGGAGGCCUGGGAUCAGCAGCAGGCAGUUGGGGAACCACAGACAGUAGCGACGAACGAAUCAAGGACUUCGGAGAUGUCAACACCUGACGACACGGCUUCUUCUUUGCCUCCAUCCACACAACGCAGUGGCCAGAGACCCGCCUCGACGAUCAGUCAGAGGGAGGGAGAGGACGUUACGGCAGGCUCGCUGCGAGUUGAGGAGGCACAGAGACGAUAUCUGGAGACAAGCAGUCGCUUGGAUUUGUGGAGACCUGGAGAGAUGGAACUGGAGCUUCAGGCGCGGUUGCAAGAACUGGUCAACGCGUACAGAGCUGCCGGUAGAGCCGAUCGUAGAGCCGAUCGUAGAGCCGCUCGCAGACCAGCCGCGGCAGCCAGCCCAGCACCACCACUGGCCGCCCGCCCCACCGAAGACGAAGACAACGGCGUCGCCGCGAUGUUCAACGCCGCCGAAACCGAACACGACCAACGGCGCCAGCAAGCAGCCACGAACGAGCGCAAACGCCACAUGUGGAUGCAAUUCUGCGAAGGCGUCGUCCGCACCAUCGAACAAUCCGCCGACAGCGCCGCCCUCGCCAACCACGACCUAGCCCUCACAAUCAUCAGCAUGCGAGACCUCGACGGGUUCAUCGCCGAGCGAGCGACCGAGACCCCGACAUGGCGCCGCACACUGCGGACCUUUCCGCGCCUGCACACGGAAAUGGUGACCCGGUUCGACGAUUUUCGUCCCUUGCCCUCCGUCACCAUUGGCGAUCGUAUCGGGCUCGAGCGCCUCCUGGCAGGCACCAGCUUCGACAGAGAGACACUCCACAAAGCGGCGUGGUACACGCGCCUGAGUGAACGUCUGGCACGGACGGGGGGCGGCGAAUUCGAUGCAGGAACGCGGCCCGUGGCUCGCUUGACGGAAGGUAUGGCGAAUCUCUCGGGCCCAUCUCGCGAGAGCACGGCAUCCAUCACCACCACCGGCUUCGGGUGA